UUGAGCUGCGCUGGGAGGCGCUUUCUAUUGCCGGAGCUGCUUUGGGCGGUGCUUUCUGCUUGUGGAGCUGAGCUGAGCUGAACUGAACUGCGCAGCGCUGGGCCGGGUCGGGCUGGGCUGGGCUAGGCUAGGCUGGGCUGGGCUAGACUAAGCUAAGCUGGGCUGGGCUGGGCUGCGUGCGGACGGACGGGACGCGGCGAUGGGGUCGCCCCGGGUUUGAUGCUUUGACAGGUGCCCGACGCCAGGCAGCUCCUUCCCCCCCCCCCCCCCCCCCCCCCCCCCCCCCCCCCCCCCCCCCCCCCCCCCCCCCCCCCCCCCCCCCCCCCCCCCUAGAAAGAAAGCAUGUUCGCCAAAAGCAAAGGCUCGGCGGUGCCCUCGGACGGACAGGCACGAGAAAAGUUGGCUCUGUACGUGUACGAAUAUCUGCUUCAUGUCGGGGCACAGAAAUCUGCACAGACCUUCCUCUCAGAGAUACGAUGGGAGAAAAAUAUUACAUUAGGAGAACCUCCUGGGUUUCUACACUCCUGGUGGUGUGUAUUUUGGGAUCUUUACUGUGCAGCUCCUGAAAGACGAGACACGUGUGAACAUUCAAGUGAAGCAAAAGCCUUUCAUGAUUAUAGUGCAGCAGCGGCACCAAGUCCAGUGCUUGGAAACAUUCCACCCAGUGACGGGGUACCAGGCCCCAUUCCUCCAGGAUUUUUUCAGGGACCCCCAGGUUCUCAACCCUCGCCACAUACACAGCCGCCUCCUCACAAUCCUAACAACAUGAUGGGACCCCACAAUCAGCCUUUUAUGUCACCGCGAUACGCAGGAGGUCCAAGACCCCCAAUCAGAAUGGGAAGCCAGCCUCCAGGUGGUGUUCCCGGUGCACAGCCAUUGCUACCAAACGCACUGGAUCCCACACGACAGCAAGGACAUCCUGGUAUGGGUGGGCCAAUGCAGAGAAUGAACCCUCCUCCACGAGGGAUGGGCCCAAUGGGACAGCAGUCUGAUCCUUGGUUAUCGUUGCAGAACUAUGGCGGUUCAAUGAGACCUCCACCCAAUUCAAUAGGUCCCGGCAUGGCGGGAAUGAACAUGGGUCCCGGGGCUGGACGACCAUGGCCUAAUCCUUCUAAUGCUAACUCAAUUCCGUACUCCUCUUCGUCUCCUGGUACAUAUGGGGGGCCCCCUGGUGGCGGAGGUCCUCCAGGAACACCGAUAAUGCCAAGUCCAGCAGAUUCCACAAAUUCCAGUGACAACAUGUACACAAUGAUUAAUCCCGUUCCACCUGGAGGAAGCCGGUCAAAUUUCCCACUGGGGCCUGGCUCUGAAGGUCCCAUGGGUGGAAUGGGCGGAAUUGAGCCACUUCAUAUGAAUGGAUCAUUAGGAUCAGGCGAUAUGGACGGGAUCCCUAAGAAUUCUCCCAACAACAUGAGCAGCAUUACCAAUCCUCCAGGCACUCCAAGGGAUGAUGGUGAAUUAGGAGGCAAUUUUCUUCACUCCUUCCAAAAUGAUAACUAUUCCCCCAGCAUGACGAUGAGCGUGUGAUUUUUCCCCUUCCCCCUUCUCCAGGAUCAGAAUGAUGAGACAGCUGCCCUUUGGAAGAUUAAAGAACGUAUGCAAGAAGCAGUUCAACGUGUUGACGAGGAACUGGGGGCAAAACCCCAAUUUUGAGUUUCACACAAGAAAAAAGCUGAACUUCUUUAAUUCCAUAAACAUGAAGGACAACAAAAAAGAAUCAAGACAUAAAACCCUUCUCCUGGAAGGACUGUACGUUACACAUCGCAUCUUUUUGAAGCAAAGACAAAAAUGUAAACGCCUCUAGCACCCGAACAGACCUCUUCCGCUUCAUUCUCUGUUCACCCAUGUAUCUUUGUGCUGAACUGAAUAUGGCGCUAGUCUAGGUAUAAGAUCCGAUGUUGUCCAUAUUGUAGCCAUUUUAACUGGGACGUUUACACAAUGUGGUUUACUUUCGAAGGCCUAUUAUUUGGUGGCACAGAUUAUUUUUUUUCUUGCUUCUGUGAGACUUCCCCCGCCAGGUGCAAGGUGUUAAUCAGUUGUUGUUCCAUACCUGUGUAACUGAACGAUGAUAUGCCCAGUGGGUUCCAGUUUGAGAGGAGCGUACAUCUUUUCCCCCCAAAUCUCAUUAUUCUCUAACCUCCCGAAACCCAACCCAACCCUCACCCCCUGCGCCCACACGUAUGUGCAUACCUCAAAUCUGGAUUGCUUCAUUCCUCUCUUACUUUAUUGAUCCAGAGGAAAACUCCAACACGUGAGAAAGAGACAACUACAGACGUGAUUGAAAUAGAGGAAAAUAAACAGUUUUAAUGGCACUGCAAUGGUGCUGGGAUCUCUGUACAAUUACACACUACCUGUAGAUGGUCUUUUGUUUAAACCCACUUCUAUACAAUGUGUAUCAAGUUAUGUAAAAUAUUAUCUUGCCUGGACAACCCUUGUGCUGAUUCUUGAUAACAUUGUAGCUGUUCUGUGUUUCUUACCUUGUAGUCUGGUUAUAAAAAAGAAAAAAAUCUACAAUGUAGUUUUGUGUUCAAUAUUUGUUGCUAAUGUUUUAUUGAGGGAUGUUUUUUCUGCAACCCUUUACAGAGUUUUCAGGAACGUCAACUGUGUUAUUGUGCUGACUGCAGGUUAUGGGAUGUUAACAUACUUUGUUUUUGUUUGGGGGGAGGGGUGGUGGGGGUUGGGGGCAAUAGCAGGAUCUUUCUAAAUGAAUUGCCUUUUUAGAUGUGUUUCAAAUCAAUCUAACUGUGUUUAGCUGUAGAGUUGCUGAACGAGUAUGUAAAUCUCCUAUUUGCAGUCAGAUCGGAACAUACUGAUGAAAUUUUGGUGUUUUAUUGUAGAUUUCAGUCUCCAGGAAAUCGUGCAUUUUAAACUGAGAAAAAGACAAGUCUGGCAAAUGUAAUUUUACAAAUUCGCUAAAUUAUUGUCUUCAUUGGGAUGGUUUUGAAUGAAACGGUUCUUUUCUCCAAUGCUGUAAUAAAUAUAAACAUAAAACUUAA